AUGGCUGCUCAACCUUUCACCCCGGCAUCAGCAACCUCAUCGACUGGAGGCGUCGCGACGGCAACGACAUCCGCCCUGGGAGCCGACGAAAAUGCUAAUGGCUCCACCAAAACCGACGGCAGCCCGACUGGCGAGACGACUGUCAUGGAGGUGCCUGUUCGCACCAAGGAGUCGUUCAACAAGCUCAUGGUUGAGAGAUAUAUGAUGCGCGACUCCAUUGCCGCCGCUGCCCUCCAACAACAGCUAGAACAGACUCGCAAGCAGACAGGCAGAACGCGUGACCGGAUACACGACUACAAGGCAAUUCGUAAUGAAUACCGCCAAUGGUUUCCCCCGAGCCGCCUCUACGGAGAAGGAUACAACGGAUACGCAAAUGGCUACACGGAAACCCAGGGCCCCUCCAGAAUCGUCUAUCCUUCACAGAAGAUGCGACCUGGCCGAAGAGUCGCGCCCGUUCUUAGAUACAAGCGGAAGGAUAUGCUAAAGCAAGCCGAACAGCAUGAAGAGUUGGUCCCCGUCCGGCUAGAAGUGGAGUGGGACAAAAUUCGUCUACGCGACACCUUCACAUGGAAUCUGCACGAGAGGCUUGUCCAUGUCGAGGUUUUCGCCUCACAGCUGGUGGAGGACAUGGGCCUCAAGCCACCCGCCCCAGCCGCACAGGCUGUGUAUGAGCAAGUAGUCACGCAGAUGCGCGACCAGUUGAACGAUUUUUACCCUUUUGCCCAUUUCGACGAAGACGCCCUUGAUCCCGAAUUGCCUUACUCGGCCUACAAGAACGACGAGAUGCGUGUGUUGAUCAAGCUUAACAUCACAAUCGGCCAGCACACUCUUGUUGAUCAGUUUGAAUGGGAGAUCAAUAACCCAUCCAACUCCCCAGAGGAAUUUGCGUCGAACAUGGCACAAGACCUCUCCUUGUCAGGCGAAUUCACAACUGCCAUUGCUCAUUGCAUCCGCGAGCAAUCUCAACUAUUCACCAGGAGCCUGUACAGUGUUGGCCAUCCCUUCGACGGCCGUCCAGUGGAGGACCCUGAUCUUGUUUCUGCCUUUCUUCAGACUCCUUUGCAAACCGUGUUCAGACCAAUGCAGCAAGCCAAGGAAUAUUCUCCAUAUCUGUAUGAGCUCUCUGAUGCUGAUCUAGAGAGGAAUGAAACGAUAUUCUCCCGUGAGCAGAGACGACAGAAGAGGUCGAUCAACAGAAGGGGCGGACCUCAGCUUCCCGACCUAAAGGAGAGACAACGGACGAUAAGAACGAUGGUAGUUUCAUCCGUUUUGCCGGGCUCAGCACCCAACCUGGAAGAGAGUAGGCUCUACAAGCGCGCUGCUGGUACCAACAGGAAGCGGCCUGUUCGUGAUGGAGACUUGUCCGAGUCUGAUGAGAGCGAAGACUCAGCACCCGACUCCCCCGCGCCGUCAUCAUACCUCGCCCAAGGUACCGCACGUACAAGAGGUAUGCGCGGAGCUGCUUCUGCAGCCGCACAGAGAAUGGCCAAUUUGGGUCGUUCAGAGACACCAGAGGCUUCUGCGGCCAUACAUCAUCAUGAAACUAGGACAUCACGUCGUUUCAGGGAGGAGACAGAGGAACCACUUCAUCUGUAUGUGAAGUUGAAGGUCGACAAGGAGAAGCUUCGACGACUUCUUGCAGGGCCACAAACGCCAUCGAUGUCACACAACCACGGUUUUGGCACGUCUGCCGUUGCCAAAGCCAUGCCUCCUCCCCCUCCCACACCUACUGCCCCUGCACCUGCGACUUCUUCUACAACUCCCCAGGCGCCCACCACAUACACAUUCCCUGCUGGUCAGCUGGGACGCUUGCCCGCUCCUCCCUUAGUUCCCGGGCAAUCGCCACCUCCUGCUCCUCCUCCGCCAGAGUGGCUUCAUGAAGCCCUUCGAGAGCUCCAGAAGCAAUACCCCAAUGAUAGGUUUGAGGCUAUGAUGAAAUAUUCUUACCUCGAUCCUGUCACGGAAAUGCCUGUCCAGACCCAACCUGUGCCCGAGGGCGUAAAACAUGUUUGGCUCCCACGCAUCCGCUGUCUUGACUGCCCGACUAAGCUGUACACCCCUGGUCCCGACAUGACGGCGCAGAAGUUCGAAGCCCAUCUCAGAUUCUCCAGCCAUAAAGAGAAGGUCAGGCAAAGGCUAGCUGGCAUUAUUGAUGAGACCAGAUCGGGAACUCCGGCUAGCUCUUGA